CUUGGAUAGCUCACCUGAGCCAUUGCCUUUGCUGUUGUGGCCACACUGCUAUUUUUAGCAUGUUAGCUUGAAAAGCGCUGGGAAGCAUGCUGCCAGCUGCUGUGUAGACGUUUCCUAAAGGGCUAACUGGAGCCACCCCUGAUGUGAUGUGGGGAUCUGCCGAUCAGGAACUAUACCCAGCACCUUCAAACUCACUGCACAGAUCAGCAGAUGAGAACAACGCUUUUCUGACUGUAAUCAACAGAGUAAAUUAAUCCAAGCUAUGUUCUCUUGUGGAUGUUUCCUGCUGGAUAAAUGGGUGGAAACUGAUGAAUUCUCCUGAUCAGGAUUAGAUAUCCCCAAAGAAGAAACCAGGUGAGAUUGUAGCUAAGAAGUGAGCAGGAUGCCCCCAGGCAUCUAUUGCCCUGUUGAAUUCUGGUCCAAGGAAGAAAACCAAACCAUCCAGGUGGACUUCCUGCUGCCUACAGGAAUAUACCUGAAUCUCUCUGUAUCCUGCAAUGCCAGCUUGGGCACCAUCAAACAGGUGGUCUGGCAUCACGCGCAGUAUGAGCCGUUGUAUCACAUGCUCAAUGACCCCGAAGCGUACGUCUUCACGUGUAUCAACCAGACAGCCGAGCAGCAGGAGCUGGAGGAUGAGCAGCGGCGCCUCUGCGACAUUCAGCCCUUCCUGCCUGUCCUUCGGCUGGUGGCUCGUGAAGGUGACCGCGUCAAGAAGCUGAUUAACUCCCAGAUCAGCCUGCUUAUUGGGAAAGCAGAGGCAGCUGAUUAUCAAGGACCAGUGACCCUACUGCUAUGUGGAUCAUCUCUAUUUAUUUUAACACCCCGCUCAGGUUUGCAUGAGUUUGACUCGGUGCGCGACCCAGAGGUGAAUGACUUCCGUGCAAAAAUGCGACAGUUCUGUGAAGAGAAGGCGGUGAAGCGGCAGCAGCUGAGCUGGAUGACCUGGAUGGAAUACAACUUUCCUUUGCAACUGGAGCCCUUGGCCAAAGGUCCCAGGACCGGCCCCCUUCGCAUCCCUAACAAGAACAUCUUCGUCAAUGUCAAGUUUGAGUCUGGCGGGGAGAGCUUCACCUUCCAAGUCUCCCCCAAGGAAUUCCCUGUCACGUUAAUGAGCUAUGCCAUCAAGAAGCAAGCUACCGUCUUCCGCCACCAGACAGUGGAGAGCCCUGAGGAUUAUACUCUGCAGGUGAAAGGGAAAUGUGAAUAUCUCUACGGGAACUACCCUCUGUACCAGUUCCAGUACAUCCGCAGCUGCCUGCACCAUGGUCUGAUGCCCCACCUGACGAUGGUACACUUCUCCUCCAUCAUCGCUAUGCGAGAUGAGCAGACCAACUGCACCGCCCACACCCCGAAGAUGGUUUCCAAGCCUCCCCCGCUCCCCAAGAAAAAGCCAACUCACGAGUCUCUGUGGUCCCUUAAUCAGCCUUUUUACAUUGAACUGAUGCAAGGCAGUAAGGUGAAUGCAGAUGAGAGGAUGAAGUUGGUGGUGCAGGCCGGCCUUUACCAUGGCAACGAGAUGCUCUGCAAGAUGGUGUCAAGCGCCGAGGUGAAUGUGUGUUCGGAGCCAGUGUGGAAACAAAGGCUGGAUUUUGACAUUAGCAUCUGCGACUUGCCCCGCAUGGCGCGGCUCUGCUUCGCCCUCUACGCUGUCAUCGAGAAGGCCAAGAAGGCACGAUCCACCAAGAAAAAAUCCAAGAAAGCUGACUGUCCAAUAGCCUGGGUGAAUGUCAUGCUCUUUGACUACAAGGACCAGCUGAAAACAGGAGAGUGCUGCCUGCACAUGUGGUCAUCAUUUCCAGAUGAGAAAGGGGAGCUGUUGAACCCCAUGGGCACAGUCCAGAGCAACCCGAACACGGAAAGUGCAGCAGCCCUGGUCAUCUGCUUCCCCAGCGUCACACCCCAUCCUGUGUACUACCCAUCUUUAGAGCAGCUGUUGGAGUUGGGGAGGAACGGAGAGUACGCCCGUGCCACACUAGAGGAUCCAGAGGAGAAGCAGCAGCUGAGGGAGAUCCUGGAGCGAAGGAGCCACACCGAACUCUAUGAGCAUGAGAAGGACCUAGUGUGGAAGAUGAGGUACGAGAUCCGGGACCAGUACCCAGAGGCCUUGGCAAAGCUCCUCAUCAUCACCAAGUGGAACAAACAUGAGGAUGUUGCCCAGAUGAUCUCACUGCUCCAGUCCUGGCCAGAGCUGCCUGUCCUGAAUGCCCUGGAGCUGCUGGAUUUUAGCUUCCCUGAUCGCUAUGUUGGUUCCUUCACGAUCAACUCAUUAAAAAAGCUGACAGAUGAUGAAUUGUUCCAGUAUCUGCUGCAGCUUGUCCAGGUGCUCAAGUAUGAAUCCUACUUAGACUGUGAAUUAACCAAGUUUCUACUGGAAAGAGCUUUAGCCAAUCGCAAAAUAGGACACUUUCUGUUUUGGCAUCUCAGGUCAGAGAUGCACGUCCCUGCAGUCGCCCUCAGGUUUGGCCUGAUUUUGGAGGCCUAUUGCAGAGGCAGCAACUACCAUAUGAAAGUUCUAAUGAAGCAGGGGGAAGCACUUAAUAAAAUGAAAGCCUUGAAUGACUUCAUUAAAGUGAGCUCUCAGAAGGCCACUAAACCACAAGCCAAGGAGAUGAUGCAUGUGUGCAUGAAGCAGGAGACCUAUCUCGAGGCACUUUCCAAUCUCCAGUGCCCCCUGAACCCCACCAUUAUUCUUGCUGAAGUUUGUGUGGAUCAGUGCACUUUUAUGGACUCCAAGAUGAAGCCGUUGUGGAUUGUGUUUAAUAAUGAAGAAGCAGAUGGAAGGGGAGUGGGCAUCAUUUUCAAAAAUGGAGAUGAUCUCCGUCAGGACAUGCUGACUCUGCAGAUGAUCCAGCUGAUGGACGUACUGUGGAAGCAGGAGGGUCUGGACCUGAGGAUGACCCCUUACGGCUGCCUCUCCACAGGCGACAAGACGGGGCUGAUCGAAGUCGUCAUGCACUCGGACACCAUUGCCAACAUCCAGUUGAACAAGAGCAACAUGGCAGCCACUGCAGCUUUCAACAAGGAUGCGCUGCUGAACUGGCUAAAAUCCAAGAACCCAGGUGAAGCACUAGAACAAGCCAUAGAGGAGUUCACUCUUUCCUGUGCUGGGUACUGUGUGGCAACGUAUGUGCUGGGGAUAGGGGACCGGCACAGCGACAACAUCAUGAUCCGGGAAACUGGCCAGCUGUUUCAUAUUGAUUUUGGCCACUUCUUGGGGAACUUCAAGACCAAAUUUGGUAUUAACAGAGAACGGGUUCCUUUUAUCUUAACCUAUGACUUUGUGCAUGUGAUCCAGCAAGGGAAAACAAACAACAGUGAGAAGUUUGAAAGAUUCAGGGAUUACUGUGAAAAAGCCUACAUGAUCCUGAGGUGCCAAGGUCUUCUCUUCCUGCAUUUGUUUGCACUGAUGAAAGCUGCUGGCCUGCCAGAACUCAGCUGCUCUAAAGACAUUCAGUAUCUCAAGGAUUCUCUAGCUUUAGGAAAAACAGAUGAAGAGGCAUUGAAGCACUUCAGACUAAAAUUUAAUGAAGCCCUUCGAGAGAGCUGGAAAACCAAAGUCAACUGGUUGGCACACAAUGUAUCCAAAGAUAAUAGACAGUAAUUAGCCUGUUUGUGGUCCAGGAGCUCUAGGAGAAUGUAAAAGCAGUGGCCAUGAGCCAGUUAUAUAAAGACUGCUGAACUUUGCCAUGUUGAAGAUCAGCACCUACACCUCAAGUUUUGAGAAGAGUCUACAUCAUCCCAUUCUAGAUCUCUAAGGCAGAAGAGGGACAGCACGAGGCAAUAAGAUUAAUGUAUACACUGAAAGGUAGGUGUAUGUGAAGCUUGCAACUGUAAGUUCUUAAGUAUGCAGUCCAUCAUUUAAGGGUAGAGGUGAGGCAGUUGUGCUACUUAAGUACAUUCCUCACCCACUGCUCAGUUUUAGGGAUGUGGAGCUGUGCUCAGAGAGGCUGUAAUUUGGCCAGGAGCAUAUUAACUUUUUAAAGCCAGACUAGAUUAGCACUUGCAGUGAACAAUGGAGAGAAAAUAGUAUGUUGGUGCAUCUAAUAACUUCAGUCCCCCUCUACCCAAUCACAGUUAGAAGGUGCUGCUGGGCAAUACUUUUUCUAGUUGAGGAUUUCACAGGCUUAACCCCUACCCUUUCAGUGAUGAGUUUUAAGAUAGCUGGAAGAUAAUGCUACCAAGCUCUAAUAUAUAUAUAACUACAGGCACUCCUCACUUAAUGUUGUAGGUAUGUUUCUGAAAAAUGCAACUUUAAGCAAA